UAACACGUAGAGCCCACAACACGAAGACUUUGUUAAAUUAAAUCAAACAAAUUCCUCAUUUAUCUCUUGCAAACACUAUAAAAACACCCAACUUCACAACAUUAAAGAAAGUGAAAAUAAAUUCCUGAGCCUCCCGUUUCUCCAGAUCCACACCAAAAUGUAAUGCACUCUUCCCUGACCCAUACUGCAUCCGUCCACAAGUUUUGUGAAAAUCCUUCAAGUAGUUUCUCCUCUCUAAAAAUCUGAGCUCAUUGGUUUAUAUUUGUGUUUUGUGUUUCCAGAGAAUAUGAAGCUUUUACAGGAAGUUGAGAAGGCAGCUCUUGAAGAGGCUAAAAAGCAUCAAGUAAAUAUUGAACUUGAGGAUAAAGGAAAUCCAUACGUCACAAUCAAAGAUGGUAUCUUCAGAGACAAGAACCAUCGUGAUGUAACAGCAGUUACCUGUCUCACAGCGAUAAGGGGAACCCCUGGCUAUACUUCAGGUCAACACUACUGGGAGGUUUCUUUGGAGAGUCCUAAUUUAGAGGUUAAACAGUCCAGGUGGGUGGGGGUAACAAAGGCAACUGACUUCCCUCUGCAGGGUGAUGCUCCUUCUAGCACAUCAAAUGGUUUCUGGUUCCUGUCGUCUUCCCCUGAGAGAGCAGACAGCUUUCAGCUAAACACAGAACCAAAGGUUUUACUGCCUGUUCGCUCAAGACCGAGAACAGUCGGUGUGUAUCUGAAUUAUGACGGCGGAGAGCUUUCCUUUUAUGAUGUGGAAGAUGAAUCUGUCAUUGGAUCUGUCACUGCUACGUUCCAAGGGGAAGUCUUUACGUUUUUCAAUCCUGGUAAAGGUGAUGUAUCACCUAUGAAGAUAUUAAAGAGGACAGAAAAGGGUGCGUGUGAUGACAUGGAACAAUGAAAGGGCACAAGAGCCUGAAUCUUAAUAACUUCUGAAUCUAAAAUUGUCUAUUAUAAUAAUUUUACAGCAAAUGCAGGGAAUCAUAAUAAAGCAUCGAGGGGCAAAUCAUACCCUGUGCAUGUGUUGUAUAUACUUCAAUCUGGCUCUGCUAACUGGUAACGAUGCCAUUUCAUCAUCACAGCAUUAAAACUACAGGAUGAUGUGUGAUUGGUUAAUCUGAACAAGAUGUAGAUCGUGUCUCUGUAAUCUAAUUAAUUACAAAAUGUAAUGCAUUUCUACACUAUAUGAUGUUAUUUAUAACAACUUUAUAGUGAUGCCAUAAUGAUCAUCAUCAUUCCCACUACAUGAUCAUGAAUUAUUUUUCAAUCAGAUAUAGGUUUUGGUACAUGAUCCUGAAAAGGAUAUAUAAGCUGCAUGUAUAUGACUGGAUUGUUUCUCUAUUGUUUGCAAAGCUUUCUUGGAAAAUGUGUGUAAUAAAUGUCAAUAUUUUUGUUGACCUUUGACCCAUCAGCUCCUAAAGCUAAUCAUCUAAAGAUAGACUCCCAAGUAAUAUUUACUCUUCUUCUUAACUCAUAUAACAUGAAUAAACUACAGGCCUGUAUUUUAACAUUCUGCCCUGGAACUUGAUUAGAAUAAUGAAACGUGUCGAGAAAAGAUAAAUUCAGGCUUCAUGGAUACAAGCAACCUCCAAAGGGGGCGGAGUCAUUCCAGCAUCGUACGCAAAAGUUUGCAAAAAUGUAACCUUCAGAUAAAGUUCUUGAUGUUUACCUGUU